AAGGUCAUGACGCUCGACUAGCUGCGCACUUGAUGUCCGCUGGCCAUGAUAGGGCGUCUCGCGCAUCAUUCGAUGAGGGUGCGAUGCUAUCAGGUGUUCGCGGCACAGUUGCUGGUGAAGACGGAAGAACAGAGAACCGAGAUGAUGAAUAUGGAAGCAGAGUGGAGCCGGAAACAGUGGUGCCACAACCGAUAGGUGCUAAUGGCAGUAUCAAACAUACAAGGUCGAGAGACAACUACGCAGAUGAACGAUUGACAGGGAGAUCUGCUAGAUCAGCUUUGUUAGUAGAGGAAGAAGAACUUGAUCUAGUUAGCGAAGGUGACCAAGACGGGCCCAAUCAAGGUAGAGGAAGUCCAAUGCCAGAAAGGUGGAUGCAGCAUAAGCUAGUGCAACGCUUCAUCUUUUACAAAGAUGAUAGAACAAGAAGACAUCUUGUUCAUAGUAGAAACGGACGAAACGGACACGGACACCAUCAAGCUCGACGUCUACACCCACACCAUCAAGCUCGACGUCUGGUCCGACUGGCGCCAGAAAAUACGAGAGCAAAAAGACGUGUUUAUCAAGAAGGAACUCUUGGGACUGGUGCAGCUCAAGUAGAAGGACCUGCAGCACCAGCGAUCAUACUGUUCUAUGACGAACUGGAGGAUCAUGAGGCAGACUUCUUGCAUCGUAGUAGAGCCAGCUAUGCUGCGAGGACACAGAAAAAGAAAGUGCGACUGUAUAAAAGGGAAGGGGAAGCUGCAGCUCCUCAUAUCGAAAUAAAGGAUAACAAGACGGACAUGAAAGCAGGUGGAGGGGAUCAAAGACUACAUGGUUCCGCGAAUAAACCACGACGUGAGCAAGUCUUUAUGAAAAGAACACGUGUAAAAAAUACUAGGACGUCUGGAGGACAAAAUCAACACGGAAGUAGUGGAAAAAAGCGAUCUGGAUCUCCCUCUCCGAAGAUGACCACUACUACACGAAUCGCUCAAAUCUCUGACUCGAAUACUGAAAAACUGAAAAACUACGUCCACUCCUGCAUCUCAGACUACAUCCGGAAUCGUGGCGAUGCUGGGAUCACGAUGCUGUGUCAGAUCUUCUUGGACCGAGAUGCUUGGCGCACGUCAGGUCUCCAGACGUACAUGAAAAUAGCUUUGCCAGCUGCGGCUCAAGUGGUUUUUGAAUGGAUCCUCUGGGAGCUGAUGGCUUUGCUUGCAGGGCUAAUUGGGCAUGGAGCACUAGCGUGUCAUGUGGCAGGUAAUAUACGACGUGUUCUAUCAUUGACAUUCAUGAGAAGUUCUCGUCUGUUGAGCAAGAGUAUCCAUUUUUGACUUCUAGUACUACUAGAACUAGUCCUCUGUAACUGUAUGACCUUCUUCUUCUUGCAACAGACUGACCAUGACCACCACUCAGCAAUUAUGUACAACAUUAAUACAACUCAAGCAUCUCCAGGUCUAACCAUUUACACGAUUACUUUCACCGUGGCUUUGGGUAUGUCGAGUACCUGCGCGCAGCUUGUGGGCCAAAGCUUGGGUGAGGGUCGUGCCAAAGAGGCGAGGAAUUUUGCGGUUGCUUCGGUCGUCGUUUCGACAGCUCUUUCUGUGGUUAUAAUGCUGUCCGUUAACGUGUUUUCAGCUGACUUGGCUGACUUCUUUUUCCCAGUCACCAACUCUACUAACAAGUCGCCUGGUUCCCUGCAAGCUCUGACCUCUUCCACCUCCACGAUGCUGACAGAGAUGCUUCACGACCUACAUUCCUAUCAGCAAAGCUUCUACGACGGAUGGGAUGAUCUGAAUGAUUAUUUUCAACCAGCACAGGACCAUCGUCCAGUACUAGAUGUUGAUAUCGUGCAAGAACCAUACCAGCAACUCCUACAACAACAUACAACGUCCUUGCCAUCAGCAACCACCUUGCAGUUCUUGCCUCCCUCAACAUCUUCACUUAGUACUCCCGCGUCUCUGAAUCUCCUCAUCGAAAAUCAAAACCCUUCAAAAACAACAUCAACCUCCACUUCGACAGCGGAAGCACUACAACUACGCACUACGCCUCCUUUCUGGUCCUUUCCUUCCUUAUCUGAGAACGACGCGUCGAUUGAAACCCCUAUGCAAGAAUCAGAGCUGUUGCAGAAGUUGCUUUUUGUCAUUUUUGGGCUCUGCUUUUUACCCGAUUGCGUGCAAAAUGUGGCUGUAGGUGCUCUGCGUGCCUGUGGUUGGAACCAAACGUCGGCGACACUGUAUUUUUUUCAUUAAGGCGAAAAGGCGACCACAAUCAGAUGCUUCCUAGAAGAUUCUAGAAUGAGUCUUGAGAAAAAUUGUUGAAGAAGUAGAAUGAAAAUGUACGAUGCUGUAGUAGCAUUAGUAGGUGUAGUUGAUAAUCAUAACCUCUUUAUUUAUUUCCUUUAGGAUUCUACAGCAACAACAUCUCCUCGUCGUCCUCGUUUCUAAUUCCCACAUUACGUCCUUGGCCUCGGACUUGGCUGUAUUGCGGUUACGAAAUUCCGUUCCCUCCUACUCCUGUGGAUGGCUAUAUUCGUCGAUUUGGUCGUGGGAAUCAUCGCAAUUUUAGUUCUGCUUUUUUGCUGUGUGGACUGGCGCAGGGAGAGUCAAAUCGCAAUCGCGAGAUCUGCUAAUGCUGCCAGGAAAAGAAGCGUGUCAGCGUCAUGAUCAGACAGGAACUUGUUAGUUGUUCCCACGUGGUGGUAUUAUACGUACCUGGAUUAGGGCGCUCUUCAAUUUUUUAAAUCACAUGAAAUUCCUCCUGUUGAUUGUGAUGUUCUUGGAAAAUUUUUGUCAAGCAAGUCGUGCAAGGUGCUGCUAUUGUUGCAAGAUCACCUGUACUAGAACUAGAAAUAGAAUUCAACCAAAGUCGUGUUGACUUUCUAUUGUAGAAUGAAUACCUCCGGACCUGCUUCUUCAUGGUCUUUCGCUGUGGAAGUUUGGUGUGUGCAGGAUGGACCACCUUUUUUCCUCUUCAUGAAGAUGAGAAGAAGGAAGAGUCGAAGCACUAAUUAAGUUAUACCUCCAGAAGAGGUAAAUGAAUGAAUGAAUGGAAGUAGUUCGUGGAUAGUUCUUCGUGUUUGUAGCCAUCGUCCCUGUCGUCGUAUCCUUUGUGCAUCAUAAGGAUAAGAAGGCCGCUAAACAAUAACCCAAAUAUUUUUCCAUUUGUUUCCCCCUCAUUAUCAUUUCUACUUAUCCUUUUUCCAACCACGGGGACAGCGAGUGGUCCAUCUCCAUAUAGACCGGCGACGGUUAUUUUUGGCAUCAUGCGAGGUGGUCACUGGUCAGUAUCAUAUGACCUUCCACCUCGAGGACG